CUCCGUUGACGAUUUCGUGUCCGCCUCCGAGGAGAGCGGUGCCUACCUAGGAGGAAGGCAGGUCUAGCCACAUCUGCUGCAUGUAUACCUUAAACUUGGUCUCAGGGUCACAGCCAACCUUCAAUACAGGAAUCAUAUAACAAUCCCAGUGAUGUGCAAGCAAGACCUCACUAUCGCCGGCACGUGAGGAUACUGUGGUACGUUGUACAGCUAUGGGCCACCGUAGAGUUCCCUAAUUGGCCAAUUCCUAGGUCGCACCAACCACGGUGUCGGGACACGCUAAACCUUAUCAGCGCGUCCAUUGACCUGCGCGACGCGAUUCCACAUUCAAUGCAGAGUCACUUUGCGGAAAUUCUGGUCCGCAACCACGAUAAUGAGUGAUUACGACUCGGGGGAUGACCUCUUUGACGGGGUAGACGAGGCUCUGCUGCUCUCUGCGCCUGCGUCAAAGCGUGGUGCAGAUUCGGCUGGCGACAGUGGGGAGGCUGCAGCUCAGAAACGGCCUAGAUUGGAUUCACAUGCAUCAGAUGUCUCGGCAGAUGCAAGGUCACAGUUGGCCCGAAGGAUCCUAAAGGAGCGAUUCGGAUAUGACUCCUUCCGCCAUGAGCAAGAACAGGCCAUCGCCAGCAUCCUCGCUGGCCACAACACCCUGGCCAUUUUCCCCACGGGCGCGGGCAAGUCCCUCUGCUAUCAGGUAGGUAUCGGGCUCCUUACUCCGGGGUUCCACACUGCAGUCGCGUCGGAAUGGCCACUAACCCGUAGCCAGAUCCCCGCCGUCGCGUUUGAAGAGCUCGACCGCCAGGAUGGCUCAAGGGGCGCGGGGCAGCAUGGCAUUACCAUCGUCGUGUCCCCCCUUAUUGCCCUCAUGAAGGACCAGGUCGACGCCCUCAAGCGGCGGGGCAUACAGGCCGACUGCAUCGACUCCACCAAGACCUGGGAGCAGCAGCAGGCCACCACCGCCGCGAUGCGGAAGGGCGAGCUCCGCCUCCUCUACUGCGCCCCGGAGCGGCUGAACAACGAGGGCUUCGUCGAGGGCAUGAAGUACGUCCCCGGGGGGAUCCGGCUGGUCGCCGUGGAUGAGGCCCACUGCAUCUCGGAAUGGGGCCACUCGUUCCGGCCCGAGUACCUCAAGGUCGCGCGCUUCGUGGACGAGAUCCGCGCCGAGCGCGUCAUCUGCCUGACCGCGACCGCGACGCCGAGGGUCGCCGAAGACGUGUGCAACGCUUUCGACAUCGGCAAGUCGGCCGUCUUCCGCACGUCUCCGUACAGGCCAAACCUCCAGCUUCAGGCGAGGUCUGUCGCGAAGAAGGAGGAGAAGGAUCGCCUGCUCGUGGAAUUUCUGCGCAGCCAUCCCGGACCCGCCCUGGUCUACGUGACGCUCCAGCAGCAGUCGGUUUCUGUGGCGAGCGCCUUGAAGAGGCAGGGGUUCAAUGCCGACUCGUUCCAUGCGGGCAUGAAGGUCGAGGAGAAGCUGCGGGUGCAGGAUGACUUCAUGGCGGGCAAGAUUACAAUCGUCGUGGCCACCAUCGCCUUCGGCAUGGGCAUCGACAAGGCCGACAUACGGAAUAUCAUCCACUACGACAUCUCCAGCACGGUCGAAGAGUACAGCCAGCAAAUAGGCCGCGCCGGCCGGGAUGGUAAGCCCAGUACGUGUAUGUACUUCAUUUGCCCCGAGGACUUCUGGAUCCGGGAGAACUUCGCCCGUGGAGACCUCCCGUCCAAGCAUUCACUGCGUGGCCUGCUCCAGCAAGUGUUUAAUGACGAGGUCGCCGCGCUCCCGGUCGGAGGGACCUUCAAACAGAGUCAUUAUCGGCAGAGUCGCGAGUUUGAUAUCCGCCCGAGCCCCCUCGCGAUCAUCUACGCUGCACUUGAGCUCCGGUUUGGGCUGAUCAGAGCCAUAACGCCCGAGUACAGCGAGUACAAAUUUACUGCGACUUCGGCGUACUAUCCCACAAUGAAGAGGGAUAAAGGGGCCGAGGGCAAAGCCAUCUUCGAGGGGUCCAAGAAGGCGGUUAAAUGGCACCAGGUCGACCCCGCAGCACUCGCCAAUCAGUAUGGCCUGCGCAGGACAGAUAUAGUCCGCCGCCUGAAUGAGCUUCAUGACCAGGGCAUCAUCGAACUGAAGGCCGGCGGUGUCGAGCCCCGGUAUCGCGUCCUCAAGGCGCUGCCGAGGACGGGGGAGGAAAUCGAGGAGCUCGUAGACAUGCUCUACAUAGACCUGCAAGGCCGGGAAAAGGAUGCCCUCCGGCGCGUCCAAGACGUUGCCGCACUGAUCACGGGCGAGAAGUGUUUCGCCAUGGCUCUGGCGCAACACUUUGGCAUGGGGCUCCCGGACGGCAGGGAGAAGUGCGGGAACUGCGUCUACUGCUUCACCGGAAAGGCUGUCGCCCUACCCCCGAGCCCGCCCCGGGCGGUCGAUGUUGACGGCAUCGCCAAGAUCCUCGACGAGUGCGACGUGAGAGACGACCCGAGGUUCCUCGCGAGAGUGGCGUUCGGCAUCAAAAGUCCGCGCGUGGCGCAGCUGAAGCUGGAUAGGAAGGCGGUAUUCGGGUCGCUGGCAAAUCAUGAUUUCGAUGUAAGUGUGUGCGUUUUACCUUUUGAUGCUUUGAUCUUCGGCUGACUGAUGAGGAACAGUCUCUCAUGCAGGUAUUUACAAAGGUUUGUGCGGAUAUUACAUAUUAGGUACUGGGUAAUCGAGGGAGGCAAUCGAGGGAGGCAGACAGAUACAGCCACGACUCCCGAGGAAAUGAAAUCGAGGCCCAGAGCGCAUUCCAUG